UCGAUGAAAGUGCAAAUGGUUUUGGAAGUAAAAAAGCAUGUCCUCGCAGUCGCAGGGAGGGAAGUUGGCAAGUCUAGUGCAGUCGUGCAUCACCAAGAAAGCCGUGUUACCCGGUAAAGCCGUCCACGCUCGCAUCUUCCGCCUCGGCCUCUCCGGCGACACCUUUCUCUCCAACCACCUCAUCGAACUCUAUUCCAAGUGCGACCGCAUCACCACUGCACACCAAGUGUUCGAUCAAAUUCCUCACAGGAACAUCUUCUCAUGGAACGCCAUUUUGUCUGCUCAUUGCAAAGCCCACGACCUGCCAAACGCGUGCCGUUUGUUCCUCCAAAUGCCCGAGAGGAACACCGUCUCGUUGAACACCUUAAUCACUGCCAUGGUACGCGGUGGUUACCAACGCCAGGCGCUCGAUACCUAUGAUUCUUUCAUGCUGCAUGAUGAUGGGGUUGGAGCUAGAGUUAGACCCUCCCACAUUACAUUCGCUACCGUUUUCGGUGCUUGUGGUGCUUUGUUAGAUGAAAAUUGUGGUAGGAGGAAUCACGGGGUUGUGAUCAAGGUUGGUCUUGACAGUAAUAUAUACGUGGGAAAUUCUCUUUUAUCCAUGUAUGUUAAGUGCGGGCUUCACGGGGAUGCUGUUCGUGUUUUUUGGGACAUUCCUGAGCCGAAUGAGGUUACUUUUACUACAAUGAUGGGUGGUUUAGCGCAGACGAAUCAAGUUAAGGAAGCUUUAGAAUUGUUUAGGAACAUGUUGAGAAAAGGGAUUCCUGUUGAUUCUGUUUCGUUGUCCAGCAUUUUGGGUGUUUGUGCCAAAGGAGGAUCUGGGGAAAGGGAAAAAUUUCUCUCUGAUUAUAGUCAUGUACAAGGGGAACAAAUACAUGCACUCUCGGUUAAACUGGGAUUUGAGAGUGACCUCCAUUUAAGCAAUUCGCUGCUCGACAUGUAUGCGAAAGUUGGGGACAUGGAUAGCGCUGAAAAAGUUUUUGUUAAUCUGAAUCAGCACAGUGUUGUUUCUUGGAAUAUAAUGAUUGCUGGGUUUGGGAACAAAUGCAACAGUGAGAGAGCUGUUGAGUAUUUUCAAAGGAUGCAGUGUUGUGGAUAUGAGCCGGAUGAUGUUACUUAUAUUAAUAUGCUGACAGUGUGUGUGAAGUCUGAGGAUGUUAAAACUGGGCGUCAAAUAUUUGAUCGCAUGCCGUGCCCGAGUCUGACUUCAUGGAAUGCCAUACUCUCAGCCUAUAACCAGAAUGCAGAUCACCAAGAGGCUGUUACACUGUUUAGAAACAUGCAGUUUCAAUGCCAACAUCCUGAUCGGACUACAUUGGCCAUUAUCCUGAGUUCAUGUGCUGAGUUGGGACUUCUCAAGGCUGGAAAACAGGUUCAUGCAGUUUCUCAGAAGUUUGGAUUUCAUGACGAUGUGUAUGUUGCUAGCAGCCUUAUUAAUGUGUAUUCAAAAUGUGGGAAAAUGGAGUUGUCUAAGAACGUGUUUGGUAAACUUCCUGAACUGGAUGUUGUCUGUUGGAACUCAAUGAUAGCAGGGUUCUCAAUCAAUUCUCUUGAACAAGAUGCUUUGUUUUUCUUUAAGCAGAUGCGGCAGUUUGGCUUCUUGCCUUCUGAGUUUUCUUUUGCUACCAUAAUGAGUUCUUGUGCAAAACUUUCUUCCUUAUUUCAAGGACAACAGAUUCAUGCUCAGAUCAUAAAAGAUGGUUAUAUAGAUGAUAUGUUUGUGGGGAGUUCUCUUAUAGAAAUGUACUGUAAAUGUGGGGAUGUAGGUGGAGCUAGAUGCUUUUUUGAUAUGAUGCCUGGUAAAAAUAUUGUGACAUGGAAUGAAAUGAUACAUGGUUAUGCACAGAAUGGAUAUGGUCAUGAGGCUGUUUGCCUUUAUAAGGACAUGAUUUCGUCUGGUGAAAAACUGGAUGAUAUUACUUUCAUUGCUGUUUUAACUGCUUGUACCCACUCGGCAUUGGUUGAUGAAGGAGUUGAAAUAUUCAAUGCAAUGCUGCAAAAAUUUGGUAUGGUGCCAAAGGUGGAUCAUUAUACUUGCAUCAUAGAUUGCCUGAGCCGAGCAGGGAGGUUUCAAGAAGUAGAAGUUAUUCUAGACACAAUGCCAAGUAAAGAUGAUGCAAUUGUGUGGGAGGUUGUGCUCAGCUCAUGCCGUAUUCAUGCUAACUUGAACUUAGCAAAAAGAGCAGCUCAAGAACUCUAUCGACUAAACCCACGCAAUUCUGCCCCUUAUGUGCUUCUUGCCAACAUGUAUUCUUCACUGGGAAGGUGGGAUGAUGCACGGGCUAUUAGAGAUCUGAUGAGUCAUAACCAGAUCCAUAAGGAUCCUGGUUAUAGUCGGAGUGAGUUCAUGAAUGACGCUCAAAUCACUCUGUAAAACAAUCAAAAAUCAUUUAUUGGUUGGAUAUGAACUCAAGAAAUACGAUCCCAUUUUGAGGUUCUCUGAAAUCAAACCAGCUAAUUUUACAAUGAGAGCUCUAAUUGUGGAGUGAAACUACCUCCAAGUUAAUAAUGGUUACUUUCCUAGGUCUUAAUUUCUUACAUUCUCCUCCGUGAAGAUGGUUAAUAAUUUUUUAUGAUAGCCCUUUGAUAACCAUCAGUGGAAACACAACAUAUUGAUUGCUUAUUGAACUGGAGUUUCAUGUCAUCUAGGUGACAUAUUUGAUAUUUCAGAUACAAGGCAGUAUAAAGUUUGAAACCCCUCGAAAAUUUUCAUGGAACACUCUGAUUUUUGUAUGCUGUAGAAAUUACUACCGUGCCAAUUUAGGAAGGCAGAGUCCUGAAAUUACAUGUUUUACUACAUAGGGAGUCUUUUCUUGCAGGAUAUAUUGACUAUUGUUCUAUUGGUGUUUGGCACCUUUCAUGUUUCUUAAAAAAUCCAUCAUGUCUACCUGCUAUUGCAACUGAUGGUUGUACUACUGCAUUCUUUCAUUGGUUUAGACUUCAAACAGAUAAAGAAGUUCUCUGGUAUUUUUCAUGUGUGUCUGUGUCAGAUCUACUAUUGUACAACUACUUAUCCAGAUUUACCACGGCACAACUACUCGUUAGGGUUCUCAACCAUCAAUUGACUCUACCAUGGGUGAGGUGAUGUUCAGGGUAAACACUGUUGAAUAGAUAUCUGAAGAAUUUGAAAGCAACACAAGAUGCAUUUAAAGGUGGAUGGUUUAGGACUGGUGACUUGGAAGUAAAGCAUCCUGAUGGUUACAUAGAACUUAAGGACCGCUCAAAGGACCUUAUCAUAUCUGGGGCCUGGGGGAGAAAAUAUCAGCUCGAUUGAGUUGGAAGAUGUGAUUUUUAGUCAUCCUGCAGUUCUUGAGGCCGCAGUUGUUGGGAGGCCUGAUGAUUACUGGGGAGAGGCACCUUGUACAUUUGUAACACAGAAGGAAGGUGUAGUGCCUCAGAAGGAGAUAAUACAAUUUUGUCACAAGCGUUUGCCUCGCUAUAUGGCUUCUCGGACUGUGGUGUUCACUGAUCUGCCUAAGACAUCAACUGGCAAGACACAGAAAUAUGUUCUCCGGAAGAACACCAGCCUACUGUAAAGUACAUUUAAAACAAAAGGAAUGAAAUUGAAUCCUUGUCUUUAA